AUUAUCAGUAAUCUAUACAUGUAUAAAAGUUUUAAAAAUUAGCUUUUCUUACUUUUUUGUUGUAUUUCCAUCCUACAUCACGAAAAUGCUUCAGUUUUCCAGAACUAAUGGAAGUGAUUUCACUUUGGAAGCAAUAAUUUCUGGAAAUGUUGAUUCGAAUCAAACUCAGAUGACAUAGACAACCGUGGCCGCUAGGGGGAGCUUUAAUGGAUCUGAUUCUCAUAGGUAAGUCAGUAUAAGUCAGGAGGAUGCUGCUGGUAUUAAACCAUUUGGUUGGUAUACAGUCACAGUCAGGUGCAUCAACCUGUGCUGUUACCUGUAUUUGCUUGUAAAAAUCCAAUAAAUCUAAUUUAAACACAACCCAGGCUCCAUUGAAACACAUUUUCGUGAGUUUAUAAACUCUUUUUAUUUCCUCACUAACUUCUAAAAAUCGGAAGAAGCCUCUCAUGGUGGAAGGAGUGCGCGCUCUUCACGCAGCUGUUGCCCCAGUCUGUCAGCGGCGUUAAGGGCUGUUAUUGCGGGGGUUUCUCAUGUUAAUGCCCACAGUUUGUAAAGUCCAUCUCCGGCAGCGGGGUGACAACAGCACACAUCAAACUCAAAGAGCUUUCAUUCAGGAAAUUUCCUUCCACUUGAAAAAAAAAACAAAAAAACUGUCAAGACUCGGAGCGCAGAUGCGUAAAAGUUUGGAUCAGAGUUGGAGCUGUGUGCGUGCGUACGUGGGAGAGUGGACUGGAAGGAAAGGGGGGUGAUGGGGUUUUUGGAGUCAAGGUAGGGGGGUGGUUUAGUGUUGCCCAUGCUGUCUCUCUCACUCUCUCACACACACACACGCACCAUCAAUCACACACACACACACAAACGGCGUAGACAGAGAAGUUGGAUUUUUUACAACUUUUCUGUGGAAAGCGGGACUCCACGCUUCAGUUUUCUCACUUCCAACCUGAAAACACCACCACCCACCUCCCUCCCUCCUUUCUUUAUACCUGUAGCGUGGACGGCGUGGACCUGUUGGAUCGGCAACUUUUGGAUCAUUCUUGUCCAUUCUCGUGGAAGGACGAGCGCGCACCCUGACCGGUGGUGAGGGGAGGAUGUGACCCUGCGUAAAUGCGCUGAUCAUCCGUCUGGAUCACGCGUGGAUCUGCAGCAGUCUGCAGCGCGCAGGAGGCUCCGGUCAACAUGAGCAUGUCCGGCGGUUUGUCGGAUACUUGUCAGCUCAUUUUACGCGACCGCGUGGAGUCCGUGCUGUGGAAGUGAGACCUGCCACCGCCGCCUGAGGGGGACGGGGACCGUUCUGGGAGGUGAAAGAGAAGCAGAGAAGCGCGCAGAGUUUUGCAGAGGGACACGAUGAGGGGAAGUUUGGGAGCCUUCAUCCAGUCCUGUCUGGUUCUGCUGGUCCGGACUGAGCAGUGGAGGCUGAAGGAACCCGCCAGCUGCGAGUUAAACACCAAACAAAGCGACCUCAACUCCUUUCUUUGGACAAUCAGACGGGACCCCCCCUCAUAUUUCUAUGGUACAAUCCAUGUUCCGUACACACGCGUUUGGGACUUCAUCCCGGAAAAUUCCAAGCAGGCCUUUCAGGAAAGCAACAUUGUGUACUUUGAGCUGGAUUUGACUGACCCGUACACCAUCUCAGGGCUGACCAGCUGCCAGUUGCUUCCUCAGGGGGAGAACCUCCAGGAUGUUCUGCCCAGAGACAUCUACAGGAGACUCAAAAGACACCUCGAGUAUGUGAAACUCAUGAUGCCCUCAUGGAUGACCCCGGACCAGAGAGGAAAGGGCCUGUACGCCGACUACCUCUUCAACGCCAUUGCUGGGAACUGGGAGAGGAAGCGUCCCGUUUGGGUCAUGCUGAUGGUGAAUUCACUCACGGAGGCGGACAUCAAGACGCGAGGGGUGCCGGUGCUGGACCUGUACCUGGCUCAGGAAGCUGAGAGGAUGAGGAAGAAAACCGGGGCGGUAGAGAGGGUGGAGGAGCAAUGCCAUCCACUCAAUGGACUCAACUUUUCCCAGGUCAUCUUUGCCCUAAACCAGACGUUAUUACAGCAGGAGUCUUUGAGAGCUGGAAGCCUACAGGUCCCAUACACCACCGAGGACCUGAUCCGACACUACAACUGCGGAGAUCUGAACUCAAUCAUCUUUAAUCACGAGACAUCACAGGUGCCUAACUUCAAUAAUGUGACACUGCCGCCGAGUGAGCAGGUGACUGCCCAGGAAAUAGACAGCUACUUCAGGCAGGAGCUCAUCUACAAGAGGAACGAGAGGAUGGGGAAGAGAGUCAAAGCACUGCUUGAGGAACACCCGGACAAGAGCUUCUUCUUCGCCUUUGGAGCUGGUCACUUUCUUGGUAACAACACCGUCAUCGAUGUGCUCCGUGGCCAAGGUUACGAGGUGGAGCACACUCCAGCUGGGCAGUCUCUCAAAAGGAGAUCCUCAUUCAGACAUGCCUCUCCAUCAUCGGACCACGAGGAGUCCCUUCUUCUCGAGCCCUUCCUCCAUGAGCUCUCUCACAAGGAGGAAGAUGGAGGGCGUCCCCUUGAGGAAGACCUGUUCCCCCACGUCCUUCUUCCAACCGACAGCCUAGAGCUGCUGGAGAAAGCCGAGAGGAAAAUGCUGAAGAAGAAGCGGCGGAACAAGCAGAAGAAACAGCGGAACCGGCAUUUCAACGACCUCUGGGUCCGCAUAGAGGAGAGCUCCAUGGGACAGUCCCCGCCUCCCCCCGUGGUUCGCAUUAUUAAUGGCUACAUCACAGUGCAGCCGCCUCAAAGGGUCCACCAUCAGCUACCGUCUGGAUCCACCAGAUCAUCGUCCCCAUCCUUCCUGCCCAUCUUUCUCUUCACUUUGCUACCAGCUACCUGGCAAACGUGGACUGUUUUUCUUUAGCAGGAUAGACUUUAAAAGUUUCAACUAGAAAAUGAUCAAAGGUCUAACACAGUUUACACAGUAGGUCUCAUUAAGACUGAGAUGGAAAAAGCUAAGGGAAAUGUUGAGAAAUGAGCUUUAAAUGCCGUUUUCAAGUAAGGGGUUCACCUCAGUUCAAUCCCCCCUUUUUUGUGCAAAUUGAGGCCAUGUUGAGCAUGUGAAUUCAUACAGCUUGAGGUUUCUCGGAACAUAGAGCUUAGGUUUCGGGGAUUCUUUACACACAGAGGAGUCUGCUGUACUCAAAACAAAGCAUGUAAAAUGAGAGAAAGAAAAAAAAGGAAAAUCUAUAUAUUUAUGGACGCCAAAAUUACACAAGUCAGUUCCCUGAUGGAUCGCAGUUUCACUGCAGACACACUUUGUUAGGCGCUGAGUGCCGGCCAUAUUUACAGAUAUCAAUAGCUUUCAAUGACAGAGCACAAGAGUAUCAGUUAAAGCAUUGCUGGAUGUCAGAUCCACAACUAUAACCACAUGUUUUUAGUGUGUGAUUGUGAAUAAGAGUGUACAUAAGUGUGUGUUUCAGUCAAGGACAAAAAUUCAAUCUGUUCUUACAUCCUCUUUUUUUUUUUGCAAAAACAUUUAUCAGACCUUAAUUUAUUCUUCCGUUUUUAGAAGAAUUUGCCUAAAUGGAAAGAACAUACUGUGGCAGAAUGUGUACAUAUUCCUUCGAGGUAUUAUAGAUUUAUUCUAGAAUUAUUAAGAAUAUGCAAACUAUCAAAGGCAUUGUUGUUUAUACGAGCAUAUGAAUAGAUAACGCAGUAUAUAUUUUUUGGAAAAGCGAUCAGGAACUAACCUCCAUGUCAUGUGUGCGUCUCAAACAGCAGUCUUAAAGUGAGAAAAAUUCCAUUUGAUUGUUUUUAUUUUCCACAUAGAAGUAAUUUUGUUUAAUUUAUUGAAGUAUUUUAGUUUUACCUAAAGUAUACAAAACACAUUCAAUGGCUUUUUAUAAACAUUUUUGUUGCCCAGUUUGUUUUAAGUCUCUUCAUAUUAACAGUGAAAAUGUCAUUUCAAACAUAUAAAGGCGUCCAGACGAGUGCGUGGGCCCUUUUACAUCAUAGUACUUUAGGCUUUGUAUCAAUGCCAUGAAAUGUUUGUAAUAAAUGAAGUUGGCAAUAAAGUAUUUAUUUAGAUUA